GAGCGAGAGACGGCAGAGAGCGAAGGCGACUGAGCGCAGGAGAGAGAGAUCCCGGUCACUUUACGGAGUUGUGCGCUUCGCUGUGCUGGGUCUCGGGCAUCUAAAACUCACUAUAAAAUUAAUUUCGUCUCCUGCGCAGUUGGAGACUGCUAUGGAUGUUGCGCCUGGAUUUGCAUUGGUUAUUUUUAUACGUUUACUUCUCCACUCGAAUGGCCUUUACAUCUCCAGUAGUAUAGACUCCCUGAGGCAUGCGGUGAGGCAGUACCAGCUGGUGACGCCGGUGAGCACGGAUGCCCAGGGCAGGUUCCUGUCGCACGCCGUAUCAACCGAGCGGCCGCGGCAGCCGUGCCGGAGCCGCUGCAGCCGAGAGGCGUCGCGGCCGGAGCAUGUUGGCAGCAGCAGAGAGCUGGUCUUCUACAACAUCACCGCCUUCGGCCGGGAACUGCACCUGCGUCUGCGGCGAAACUCGCGCCUAGUGGCCCCUGGAGCCAAGGUGGAGUGGCGCGAGAACAGCACCACGCGGGUGCAGCCUUUGCUGGCAAACUGCCUCUACGUGGGUGACGUCUCCGACAUGCAAGGUGCAUCUGUCGCCAUCAGCAAUUGCGAUGGUCUGGCCGGAAUGAUCCGGACAGAGAACGAGGAGUUCUACAUCGAGCCCCUGGAGCAGGGUGACCGCGUGACGCUGGAGGAGUGGAGAGGCGGUGGGCGCCCUCACGUCGUGUAUCGCUCCUCGGACAUCAAGAGGCCGGCCGCAAAUCACACGGCCGACUUCCAUCUGCAAGGUUCCUAUAUGGGUGGUUUGACAGACUGGAGGACAUUAUAUACGAGAGUGGAGGAGGGGGUGCAUGAGGCGAGGCGACACAGACGGCAGGCAACGGAGAGCGUCUACAACAUUGAGGUCCUGCUCGGGGUGGACUACUCCGUAUCCCAAUUCCAUGGCAAGGAGCACGUGCAGAAGUAUCUACUGACCUUGAUGAAUAUCGUGAACGACAUCUACCAUGACAAUUCCUUGGGCGCUCGGAUCAAUGUGGUUCUGGUGCGGAUGAUCGUUCUGUCCUAUGAGAAGUCCAUGAGCUUGAUCGAGCUCGGGAACCCGUCCCAGAGCCUGGAAAACGUCUGCCGCUGGGCAUUCCUGCAGCAGAAGCAGGACACGGGCGACGCGGAGCACCACGACCACGCCAUCUUCCUCACUCGCCAGGAGUUCGGCCCCAGUGGCAUGCAGGGUUACGCACCGGUGACGGGCAUGUGUCACCCGGUACGGAGCUGCACCCUCAACCACGAGGACGGCUUCUCCUCCGCCUUUGUGGUGGCACACGAGACCGGGCACGUGCUGGGCAUGGAGCACGACGGACAGGGCAACAUCUGCGGGGACGAGGUGCCCAUGGGGAGCAUCAUGGCGCCGCUGGUGCAGGCCGCCUUCCACCGCUUCCACUGGUCACGCUGCAGCCAGCAGGAGCUCAGCCGCUACCUCCACUCCUACGAUUGUCUUGGGGACGACCCUUUCAACCAUGACUGGCCCUCUCUACCGCGGCUGCCGGGGCUCCAUUACUCCAUGAAUGAGCAGUGCCGCUUCGAGUUUGGCAUCGGCUACAUGAUGUGCACCGCGGUGAGUGCCCUAGGUUCUCCGGGCAACCCCUCGGUUCUCCAAGAGACGCCUCCGCUUUCGGGUUCAAAUCUCGCCCCACCACAGCAUUGCUACAAAGGCCACUGCAUGUGGCUGACUCCGGAGAUCCUGAAGCAGGAUGGACACUGGGGGGCGUGGAGCCAGUUUGGAUCGUGCUCUCGGAGCUGCGGGGGCGGUGUGCAGUUUCGGACCCGGCAGUGCGACAACCCCGCCCCGACAAACGGCGGCCGCACUUGCUUCGGCAGGAACUAUGAGCUGCGCCUCUGCAGCACGGAGGAGUGCGGCAAGCCUCUGGCGGACUUCCGGGAGGAACAGUGCCGGUUGUGGGACCCCUUCUUCGAAUACCAAAACAGGAAGCACCACUGGCUUCCGUACGAGCACCCCGACCCCGACGAGCGAUGCCAGCUGUACUGCCAGUCACAGGAGAGCGGCGAUGCCGUCUACAUGAAGAGGAUGGUGCACGACGGCACACGUUGCUCUUACCGGGACCCCUACAGCAUCUGCGUGCGGGGGGACUGUGUGAAAGUUGGCUGUGACCUUGUCAUCGGGUCGAGUCUGCUGGAAGACAAAUGCGGCGUCUGCGGCGGCGACAACUCCAGCUGCAAGAUCGUCAAGGGCACCUUCACGCGCAGCGUCAAGAAACUAGGUUUCCUUGAGAUUUUGGAAAUCCCAGCUGGAGCACGGCACAUCCUCAUCCAGGAAUUUAAGGGAACGCCGCACAUCGUUGCGUUGAAGAACCUGGCCACUGGACGCCUCUUCCUGAAUGACCAUGACGAGUUCCCGGAGUCCCGGACGGUUAUCGAGAAGGGUGUGGAAUGGGAGUACCAGAAUGACGAUGACAAAGAGACAGUCCAAGCCAGCGGACCACUGAAUUAUGGGAUACUUAUUAUGGUGCGAACUUUUGGGGACUCCAAGGUCACUCUGUCGUACAAGUAUUAUGUCCAAGAGGAGCAAGAGGCUUCCGUGGAGAAUGAUGUGAUAUCAGAGGACUCGCUGUAUUUCGAGUGGGCGCUGAAGAAGUGGUCUCACUGCUCCAAGCCCUGUGGGGGAGGUAAGCAGUACACGCGGUACGGGUGCAGGAGAAAGUCCGACAGUAAGCUGGUGGACCGUGCCUACUGCGAGGACAUCAAGAAGCCACGAGCCAUCAGCAGAGGUUGCAACCAGAUCGAGUGCUUCCCGCCUGUCUGGCUGACCGGUGACUGGGAGCCGUGCAGCUCUUCCUGUGGCAAAACCGGCUUCCAGCUGCGCUCUGUCCGCUGCGUGCAGCCGCUGGCAGACGGCACCAGCCACUCCAUCCACAGCAAGUACUGCGAGCAGGAGCGACCCGAAGCCCGGCGGGCCUGUAACCGCUACCUCUGCCCGGCCCAGUGGACUGUCGGGUCCUGGUCGAAGUGUUCGGAAACCUGCGGCAGAGGCACCCAGCAGCGCGACGUCCGCUGCGGCACUGACGAGAACACCAUCGGCUUCUGCCUGGGGGUCAAGCCGGCAAGCAUGCGACCCUGCCAGCUGCUGCCAUGUCCAGGUAACUCGGCUGAGCACAAUAAUAAAGGCAACCUCCAAUGGCAGUCUCGACCCGAGCUCAAAGUCCCCAAGCAGAAGAUCUCGAAUCGGCGCUGUCGGGGGGACAAGUCGCCGUUCUGUCGCAUGGAGGUGCUGAGCAGGUACUGCACCAUUCCGGGCUACAAGCAAAUGUGCUGCAGGUCCUGCGACGGCUCCACGGACCCCGACCCUACGGAUGUCACCCCGAUGGACGUCACCCCGAUGGACGUCACCCCGAUGGACGUCACCCCGACGGACGUCACGGAUGCGGGCUUAACGUCCACAGACCCCAGCCCUUCUAUGAACACGUUUAUGAAGUACAGUAGCAGUUCAACCUGGCUGGACCUGUUCUCCUUCUCCGAUCCUACAGACGAGCACCCCACAACAGUCAGUCCCACGACCGUGUUGUACAGUACUACAUUUCCCAGCAUGCCCUUUGAGUACACUGACACCAUGGUGACCCUUGGGGAUAUUGGUGAUGGUCAGGUUACGACCUCAUCUGCCCCCUUUUCAUCCACCGCCCCCCCCAAAGAGAAGGCUACAGGCGACUUGAGUGAAACAAACUUCAUCGACGUGCCUUAUUGGAAACCAGGUUUGGACCAUAACGUCUCCCCGAACUACCUCAAUCGCAGAAGGACACGCAAUAAAUAUAUUCUGGAACUCUUAGCAGAAAGACGGAGGCAAAAUCCUCCGGCUAAAAGGAAAAUGCGUGUGUGACAGAGAAAUCGCUUUUCACUCACCGGUGCUUUGUAUCGUCCAAUAUCUUCAUUGAUUGUCUGUCAGAUACUGAAAAAUAAUUGCAAAGAGAUAAAACAUGAAAGAUUCAGCUUUAUAUUUACAGAACAAAGGAGUUGUACAGGUAUCUGCCUUGUGUUUGUAUAAAUGAAUUAUAAAUAAAAUCUAUCAAGGAAA